ACUGCCUCCCCUCAGCCCAGCCUUAACUAAUCCUCAUGCAAUCCAGGCACACAGCACCAAGCUUUAACCAUGAACAACCUCUGGUCAUGGAUCGCCGAACUUCCAUCCUCUCCCCUCCCCCUUGCCUCCUCCUCCGGCCGCUCCAUCCUCCUCUCCGCCGAUCCCAACACCGCCACCGACCUCCUCACUUUCUCCAUCUCCUUCAACGGCUUCCAAGCUUCCAAUCCCACUAAAACUCUCUGGGUUUCCGACGCAAUUCCCCUCUCCUCCCCCACCACCCAUCUUCUCCUCCUCCUCCAACUCGUCCACGAAAUUAUCAUCCCUCACCUCCCCAAACCCGACCCAGCCCGAUUUCUCCUCGCGCUCGGCCCAAUCCCCGACACCCCUAACCUCCUAUCCCUCGCGCUUCUAUGCCGCCUCUUCUGGCUAUGCGCAGGCGAGUCCUCUGCUGACGCCGGCUUUCUUUUCUUCCGCUCGUUCGACGCCGCGCUCGAGUACGCGCUCGACUGCCGGCGCUCGCUGAGCGCUUUCCUUUUCGCCGCCGGCGCUGACAGGGAGGAGCGAUUUAUGCGGUCGGUGGGGUAUGUGCUUGCCAAGUGGUGUAUUCUCCGCCAGUUUCCGGCCAGUACGGAUGUGCGCCGCCUACCUGUCGGCUGCUUCCCGGCAUAUGCGGCGGAGGUGCACGGGCUCUGGAUCAUGAAGGGUUACUGUCCAGUUCCGGCGAUGGCCCGCUCGUCCGGUGACGGGCCCAGUGCCACUCUCGGGUCCCCGAAGAUCAACAUUAAGGAAGCCACAACCCGCUACGCCCUCGCCCACCAGCAGCUGGAGCUCGUGGUCCAGCUGGAAUACUCCAUAUGCGGGCGGGACCCACGGUUUCUCAAAAUCACCCUACGUGUCGACAAUAUACGCCUCCACAUGGCAAGGCUGGCUUACGGAAAGCGCGACGACUACGGCCCUACGACCGUUGAGGGGCACUUUCCGUCAAGGGUGAGAAUUCGGGUUGGGCCGGAGGCGGGUUCUGUGUACGCUGUCGGGCCCAGUUUGGGGCGGUCGAGUGGGAACCCGGAGUAUGUGGUGGACUCGACCCGGACGGUGAAGGGCGGGCUGGGUGUGGGGGUGAGGGCUAAGGCGCGGUGGUCGGCGAGGGUGCGGCGGCGGAGCUGGUGCUGGGAGCAGGAGGCGGAAGGCGUUGCGGCUGUUUUUGAAGGCGUGCUUUGUGAUGGGGAGACGGGAACAGAGGUGGCCGUAUCGGAUAUGAGGGCGGGGAUGAGGAGGAGGCAUGGUUGGUCAGAGAGGGCGUUUAGUAAAGCGGGAGGGGUGGUGUUGUCCGGCGAUGAGUUGCCGGAGGUGGUGAGUUGGAGGGUGGGGAGGGAGAUGGAGGGGGAGAAGGUGAGGUGGAGAUUGGGGGUGAGGGUGUGGGCGAGCCAUCUGCCUAAUGAAGUGAGGAAUGGGUAUUUUGAGACGAGGUGGGUGGAGUGGGAGGAGGAGGUGGAGUUGACUGUGGUGGCCGGAGUCGGUUGUUGUUAGAUGAGCUCCGAUCAUGAUUAAAAGAUGAUUUAUAAUAAAAUUAUAACAGUAAAAUAUUAAAAAUACGAGAGAGAGAGAGAGAGAGAGGCAGCCAAAAUAUCAAAAUUGACACAAAACAAACUUAUUCCAAUAAUGAGUCAAGUGAAUGUUGUUUAAAGAUAAGAAAUGGUAUGAAAUUAUUUACCAUAAUUUAGAAUUGAUAAUAAAUGAAAAAUAAUAUUUAUUUUAAUUUUUCUUUAGUCAUUACAAGAUUAUUCAUAAUUAUGAAAAAUUAAUAGGAUGUAUAAAAAUAGAACUUCAUAUAAGAAUACUAUACUUGGCUAAAUUAUAUAUAACUUUUACUUAAAUAUUGGGAGUUGCUUGGAUGGAUGGCCGAUAUUGAAUCCCUUGAUCAUCUACCGUUUCAUGGACAUUUGUAUGUCUUAGUGAUGUCGAAAUUCAAGGAUUUUGGGCUCGUUGGAUUUGUCUUGUCGAGCCGCUUGAUUCGACUAUAAGCACGUCAUGUUUGGAAACUAGUUGGUAAUCCAAAUUGUGGUUUGAACCCUCUAAUAACGCUUUAUAACCUUGAUUUUGAUC